UCCUACAAGUUGGACCUGCCAAGCCGCCUUCGUCAGCGUGGAGUCCACCCCGUUUUCCACUCAUCGUACCUCCGCAUCCAUGUACCCAACGAUGAUCGUCUCUUUCCCGGACGAAUGGAGACUCAAGUUGCUGAGUUCAAAGAACUCGAGUCCGAAUGGGCAAUUGACAAAGUACUUAUGCACUCGGGUCGACGGGCUGACUCUACAUUUCAAAUCCUCUGGAAAUCAGGGGAUACGACCUGGCUGCCUUACGAUCGGGUGGCUGAAUUGGGCGUGCUGAAGGACUAUUUCACUUUGCUGGGCAUCGAG